AUGAUCGUUUAUGGGAAAGCGUGCCAUUUACCGGUCGAGUUAGAGCAUCGGGCUCUUUGGGCGCUCAAAACGGUGAAUUUAGAUUUGACCGAGGCCGCUAGGAGACGAUUUUUCCAAAUUCAUGAGUUGGAGGCGCUUCGUGACGCCGCGUAUGAUCGUUCUUGGAGUAUCAAGGAAAAGUCGAAAACUUUGCAUGAUAGAAGGUUGCGGAAGUUGAAGGAGUUUAAAGUGGGCGAUCAAGUGCUUUUGUUUAAUUCGAGGUUGAAGUUGAUUGCCGGAAAAAUGAAGUCGAGAUGGUCCGGGCCGUAUGUCGUGAAGGAGGUUUUCCCGUACGGUACCGUCGAGUUGUUUGAUGAAGCAAGUUCGAAUUCGUGGAAGGUGAAUGGGCAUAGGUUGAAGCACUACAUAGGGGGUCCCAUCGACACCGCUGAAGAGGAAACCGUUCCUCUUUCGGACCCGCCUAGCACCACCACGUAG